AUGCCGGGACCUGCUGCGGUGGGCUUUCAGGCGUCCCCGGGUGCCUACACCAAGCACCAGGAGCUGCUCACCGAAGGGGCAGCGCCUGGGGAACGUCACCAACGCCUGCAGCACGAGAAUGAGUUGCAGCCUAGGGUGACCGGCUGCCCCCACCGCGCCCACAGGAGCAUCUCGGCCCUGAGCCUCAUCGCUCUGUCCACCGUGUUCAACCUGCCCAGCCCCCUCAACGCCAUGCAGAUCCUGUGGGUCAACAUCAUCAUGGAUGGGCCCCCGGCACAGAGCUUGGGCGUGGAGCCAGUGGACAAGGACACCCUUAGGCAGCCGCCUCGGAGCGUCCAGGACACGAUCCUCAGCAGGGCCCUGGUCCUCAGAGUGCUGCUGUCUUCCGCUGUCAUCAUCAGCGGGACCCUGCUUACCUUCUGGAAGGAGAUCCCGGCGGACAGAUCGAGCACCCCGCGCACCACCACCAUGACCUUCACUUGCUUUGUGUUUUUUGACCUUUUCAACGCCCUGACCUGCCGCUCCCAGACCAAGCUGAUACUCGAGAUCGGCCUCCUCAGGAACCGCAUGUUCCUCUGCUCGGCCCUCGGGUCGCUCCUGGGGCAGCUGGCUGUAAUCUAUGUGCCCCCGCUGCAGAAGGUCUUCCAGACGGAGAGCCUGGGCGCGCUCGAUCUGCUGUUUCUGACUGGCCUGGCCUUUUCUGUGUUCAUCGUGUCGGAGCUCCUCAAAGUGUGUGAGAGACGCUGCGUCAGAGCCCGGGGAGCCCCGGCGCCCCUCGGAGACGUGUAGCGGGCUCCCCGGCAGGCCCCGGGAUCUAUUUU